AUGGGUAGAAGGAAUAGCACACAUGUGUCUGACUUCAUCCUCAUGGGACUGACAGAUUCUGAAGAGAUCCAGCUGGUCCUCUUUACGUUAUUUCUCCUGAUAUACCUGAUCACUGUGUUGCUGAAUGCAGGGAUGAUGUUGAUAAUCCACCUGGAUCUCCAGCUUCACACCCCCAUGUAUUUUUUCCUCAGUCACCUGUCAUUUCUUGACCUCAGUUACUCAACCGUCAUCACCCCUAAAACCUUACAAAACUUACUGACUUCCACCAAGUAUAUUUCAUACCUGAACUGCUUCACCCAGAUGAAUUGCUUUAUCUUCUUGGGUGCCACUGAAUGUUUUCUUCUCUCCUCAAUGGCUUAUGAUCGCUAUGUAGCUAUCUGCAAUCCUCUGCAUUACCCAGUGGUUAUGUCCACAAGACGCUGCUGCUCCCUAGUCUUUGGAUCCUAUUUUAUUGGCUUCAUGGACUCCUUUGUCAAUGUGCUUUGCAUGAGCAGAUUGGAUUUCUGCGACUCCAAUAUAAUCCAUCACUUUUUCUGUGAAACACCCCCAAUUUUAGCCCUGUCCUGCACUGACACAUUCAGCACAGAAAUGGUGAUCUUCGUUUUAGCCGGGUUCACCCUGCUUAGUUCUCUCUUCCUCACCACAAUCACCUACAUUGCCAUCAUCUCAGCCAUCCUGAAGAUCCAGUCUGCAGCAGGCAGACAGAAAGCCUUUUCCACCUGUGCCUCCCACCUCAUGGGGGUGACCAUCUUCUAUGGGUCCCUGAUUUUCACAUAUUUGCAGCCUGAUAACACAUCAUCCCUGACCCAGACACAGGUGGCAACUGUAUUCUAUACCACUGUCAUUCCAAUGCUGAAUCCACGUAUCUGUAGUGUGAGGAACAAAGACAUAAAAAAUACUCUCCCGAGACUCAUACAUAGAAAACUGUUUCCAUGA